AUAAAAGAAGAUUAUCCAUUUAACAAAAGAAGCUACUAGAAACAAUUUAGGGGUUUUAAUCAAAUCAAACAAAAACAAGUUUCUAUUCAUUUCAUCAUUUCUUUCCCUUAAACCCUAAUUACUUCUAUUAAAUCAUCUUCAACCUCUCUGCUCAUUUUACUGCGAAACCCAAAUUUUUGUUCGAUAAAUUAAUUUCUGCAGAUCUUAAUCUUAAAGCUCGAAAAAGAUAACAAUGGAUGAUUCAAAAGUUCAGCAAUUGAAGCAAUUCGUUGAUCUCUGCAAAUCAAACCCUUCCAUUCUCUACGAUCCUUCUCUCUCCUUCUUCCGCGACUACAUCGAAAGUCUUGGUGCUAAGCUUCCUACUUCUUCCGACAAAUCGAAAUACACUGUUGAUGAUGAGAGUGACGAGGAUGUAGCGGAUGCUAAGCCGCAUGUUGAAGAAGUAGAGGAAGAAGAGGAAGAGGAGGAGAUUGUUGAAUCUGAUGUUGAGCUAGAAGGCGAAAUCGUUGAACCUGAUAAUGAUCCUCCUCAGAAGAUGGGUGAUUCUUCGGUUGAAGUCACAGAUGAAAACCGUGAGGCGGCUCAAGAAGAAAAAAUGAAGGCAAUGGAAGCAAUUUCAGAAGGCAAGCCAGAGGAAGCAAUUGAGCAUUUGACAUCAGCUAUAGUACUCAAUCCGUCGGCUAUUAUGUAUGCUACCAGAGCUAGUGUGUAUGUAAAGAUGAAGAAGCCAAAUGCUGCUAUACGUGAUGCCAAUGCUGCUUUGGAGAUAAAUCCUGAUUCUGCUAAAGGGCACAAAGCUCGUGGCAUGGCAAGAGCAAUGCUUGGUCAGUGGGCAGAGGCUGCUAAGGAUCUGCAUGUGGCCUCAACAAUCGACUAUGAUGAAGAAAUAAGCGCAGUGCUAAAAAAGGUUGAGCCCAAUGCACACAGGAUUGAAGAGCAUAGGAGGAAAUAUGAUAGGCUGCGCAAGGAAAGAGAGGAAAGAAGGGCUCAACGAGAAAGACAGCGCAGGAAGGCUGAAGCACAGGCUGCCUAUGAGAAAGCCAAGGAGGAGGAAAAGUCAUCUUCAAGUAGAUCUGGUGGUAUGCCUGGAGGAUUCCCUGGUGGUAUGCCUGGAGGAUUCCCUGGUGGUAUGCCUGGAGGGUUCCCUGGCAGUAUGCCUGGAGGGUUCCCUGGCGGUAUGCCGGGUGGGUUCCCUGGUGGUAUGCCUGGUGGAUUCCCAGGAGGUAUGCCUGGAGCGGCUGGAGGUAUGCCUGGAGCUGCUGGAGGUAUGCCUGGCAAUGUUGAUUUCAGCAAAAUAUUAAAUGACCCUGAGUUGAUGACGGCCUUUAAGGAUCCAGAGGUCAUGGCGGCUCUUCAAGAUGUAAUGAAGAACCCAGCAAAUCUGGCAAAGCACCAAGCAAAUCCGAAGGUGGCCCCCAUUAUAGCUAAGAUGAUGGGCAAAUUUUCCGGUUGAUUGUGAAGAUACAUCUGUUGGUGAGACAAAACAUGGUGACAAAAAAAAUGAGUGGUUCUUCCUGCAAAAUUUUAAAAGAUUGAGUGGAGGUACUUAACAUCGGCACUUUUGCCCUUUUAGUUGACCUUAAUUGUGCAUGUUCCAACAUUGAUGGGCUUCACUUUUAUAUAUUGCUAGACAGCAGCUAGUUGUAUGUCAUGCUGUGAUUUAGAUGAAACUUGUAUCUUGAUUUUGAGCAGAUCUUAUAGACCGAAUCUAAAGAUAGUUGCUGUUAAUAUUGCAUAUUGUCAGCAUUGGUUUUAUGGAACUUUGGAAAGUUGUGCAGUUGUUUCGGUGUUAUACUGUCAUCGUUAUAGUUGAGUUCAAAUAUUGGAUUGUUUUAUUGCAUCGAGUGUUCA